GUUUGUCAAUUUGGUGCUCGAAAUGUUCUAUUAAAUAAAGUGUUUUAAAUAAACUCACUUAAUUUUUUAAUUUAUUUACAUUACAUUUCAAAAUAUGGAAGUGAUAGUUUUAGAUGAUAAGGAACCAACAAAGAAAAAAUUAAAACAAUCGCGAUUACCUUUUCAAUCAAUUAGCCCUAAAAUAAAGUUGUGUGAUCCAUCUAAGAAACGUAAGUUAUCGGAUACAUCGAUAACUGAAGGCGAGAGAGCUGUAAAGCAAGUGCGGUGCGAUAGCAAGGAAAAUGAUUCCGAAUUAAUUAAUGUAAUUAAUCUAAGUGAUGGAGAAGAUGAACCAAGACCGGCAAAUCAGCCAGACAUAGCAACAUUUUUUUCAAGUCAAUCGAAAACAUUGAAAAAUGGUAAGCGUGGAGAAGUUGAUAAAAAAUGUGAAAUUAAAAUUUCAUCUCCAAUUGAAACUGAUUUGAAAAAACCAUCAGAAAUUAAUAAGCCUAAAGAAGAAAUUGAAACCAAAACUGAGAAAACUGAUACUGUUACUUCAGACACAGCUGUUGUUAAAGAAUGUUUUGUAGACCUUAGCUCUAGUAAAGUUAAUGAAUCCGAAAUUAAAUCUAAUUCUGGUGAUAGUGAUGAGGAUUUAGUUGAAAUGGAAGAUUCUGAUGACGAAGAUGAAGAAGUUGCUGAGGAGGAAGAUGAAGACCAAAGUCAAACUUCUAUUAAUGGUGAUUUCAAUACACCGAGCAAAAAAGAUGGAUUAAUUAGUGGUGAUGAUUUAACACCGAAAAGUACGAACGUUAAUAGUCCUUUACGAAAACUUACUCCAAGACAGUUACAAAGAAAAUUAGAAUCUCAAAAGAAGCAAGAAGAAAGAGAAAAAUUAAAAUUGGAAAAGUUAAAAAAAUUGCAAGAAGAAAAAGAGGAAAAAUUACGAAAAAUUCAAGCCGAAAAAGAAGAAAAACAUCGACAAAAAUUAGAGCGUGAAGAACAAAAGAAGAAAGAACGUGAAGAAAAAGAAGAAGCAAAAAAGAAGGAACGUGAAGAAAAAGAACGUAAACGUUUAGCUGAAAUCGAACAAAAAAAUGAAGAGAAAAAACAAAAAGAGGAGGAACGUAAAAAACGGGAAGAGGAAAAAGAUGCCGAACGCCGGAAAAAGGAACUAGAAACCAUUGAAAAAGAAUUAAAAAAGAAGAAGGCAGCUGAAGCAUUUGCGAAAUUUUUUGUACCAAAUACAAAGUCUGAAACGAAGAAGUCGAAUGAGAGCUUAAAUGAUACAGCUGAUUUUAAUUUUAUGCCAUUCGCUGUGAAGAGUGAUAUGCGCAUGGCACCACAUUGUAGGGUGCAAUUUACAGAUGAAAAUAAAAUGAAUUUAGAUAAUAAAUUAAAUUCUGAUGUUGAUAAAAAAGAGCUUUAUUUAAAUGAAUUGAAAAAUGGAAAACCUGUUGGAAAAUCUACUAGAACGUAUGAAAUGGUAUCCAAUGACCAGGAGGACGAGGAUGUUGUUGUAGUCGAUGAAUUACUUGAUGCCGAUUGUAUCGUUGAAACAGCACCACGUCCACAAAAAAUGAAAGUAAAAUUGUUACAAUUUCAAGAAAACCGUCGUCCACCUUAUUGGGGUACAUGGCGGAAAAAGAGUAGUGAAGUCAAAGCCAGAAAGCCGUUGGGAACAGAUAAAAAAAUAUUCGAUUAUUCAAUUGAUUCCGAUGACGAAUGGGAAGAAGAAGAACCUGGAGAAUCACUACACGGCUCUGACGAUGAAAAAGAUUCUGAUUGUGAUGAAAAAGAUGAAUACGAUAUUGAUAAUGAAUUUAUGGUACCACAUGGAUAUUUAAGUGACGAAGAAGUCCUUGGUGAAGAUGAUGAAGGCCAAACACCAGAUAGUCCAAAUGCACAUAAAGUAAAAUUGAAAGCACUCGAAUUAGAGUUCCAAGCAGAACUUCACGAAAAACCAGAACGAUUGAAACCACGUAUCUUUGGUUGUCUCUGGGCCGACAAAGAUAAUAAUUAUCCCAAACAAAUUCCAGAACCAAUUCAACGUUACUUCCGUAUACGUCGUAUUUUAUACAAUAAUCCUGUGAUACUUUUAUCGGAAGAUAGUGAAGCAUUUGUAACAGUUAAAAGUAAUAAUACAAUAAGACGAAAAAAGAUACCAGAAAAAUAUUUCCCCGAUUUAAUACGUCUAUUACAUGGGAACAACAAUAAUAAAGUAUUUUUGUAUAAAGAAUUCAAGACAUUUAUUAGUAGUAUUGAAGAGGAUUUAGAAAUUAGUCGAAAAAGUUUUGAUGUCAAAUUAAAAGAAAUUGCUGAAUAUAAAGCGUGUCCUGAUGAAGGUCCCAUGUUGAAUAAACAAUGUUGGUAUGUAAAUCAAGAAUUUCGUGAGAAAUAUAAUAAAGACAUCACAUUACCAAAUUAUUGGAAAUAUUUCUUAACACCAAAACGGCAAAGUAUUGUUGCCACUAAUGGUGGAGAUGGAAAUACUUCAAUUGCUGAAACACAACCUGAACCGAAGGCUGAAUCGAAAAAAGAUUUUAUGAACCUACUAUAUCUAUUCCGUCAGCAAACUUAAAUUCAUCGCUGGGGAUCUGUUAACGUCAAGCUCGGGUCAGAUGGCAGUAUCGUAGGUGGUUCAAAUAUUUUAAUUCAUAAAUGGUAAAGAAUAGAAGUUCUAUCAAUGUUUUCAUAGUUUUCCUAUGAACUAAAAAUUACCUUAAACUUUUGCAGAAAGGAAAAUUAUAUUUAUUCACUCUGUGUUUAUACAAGCAUUUAUUUAAUUUCAUCUGUUAAGUUAGAGUUUGAGUCAAAGGUGGUUUCUGAAAAUUAGGGUACUUCCUGUUGGCAUAUAGAGCUGAAAAUCAAUGGCAAGUUUACAUCAGAGAUGAUUGAAGCGGUGAAAAAUUAAUAGAUUUUACCCGUGUUUAAAAUGUUCCCUGAGUAGGAAUCGUUCCUUUUUUUUUUUUUUUUUAAUUUUUUUAUUAUGAAGUAUUCUACUAUGA